UUCUCUUCAUUUCACUAUUUGAAGUUAGUAAGAAACAAAUAGGUGGAGUUAAUGCUGCACUUGUUAGUCCAAAGCAACAAAAUACUACAGCAGCUCCUCGCUCCCUCUCCUCCAGAGAGAGAGAGAGAGAGAGAGAGAGAGAGAGAGAGAAAGAGAGAGAGGAAUGGCAAGAGCAGUAGAGACUGAAGUUGAGGUGGAGAGGAAUCGUUCCUGUGGAAGAAGAGCCACACUUGUGACCAUCUUGAGAUCUUUUCUUCCAAUUAAAAGGCGUCUCCGUCUGGAUCCAAGUUCUGACCUCUACUUUCCAUAUGAACCAGGAAAACAGGUCCGAAGUGCAGUAAAGAUUGUCAACACUAGCCGUUCAAAUGUGGCAUUCAAGUUUCAAACAACAGCUCCUAAAAGCUGCUUCAUGAGGCCACCGAGUGGAAUGCUCGCUCCUAGAGAAUCCAUUAUCGCCACAGUGUUCAAGUUUGUCGAGCCCCCAGAAGAGAAUGCAGAAGAUUCUGAUGGGAAGAAAAUUAGGACCAAAGAUAAAUUUAAGAUCGUGAGCAUCAAAGUCGAGAGAGGAGGCCAGUUCUCCAACGAGAUGUUUGCAGAGCAAAGAAGUGCAGUCGCAGUUGAACAGGUCAUGAAAGUCGUCUUUUUAGAUCCAAAUAUACCUUCCAAGGUACUAGAGAAACUUAAUAAGCAGCUAAUAGAAGCAGAGACGGAAGCACGGAAGAUAUCAACCCCGACUGGUUCGGACAGCAAAAUACUAAGCACCGACAACAAAGGCCACGCCGUUGAUCAAUGGAGCAGAAGGAGCGUCGCAAACGCUACCUAGCAGAGCACCAAGGAGAACUGUCUAUUGCCGAGCAGCAGACAUUAAGCUCCAGCGUCCACAGCGAAAGCAUCAUAGCCCUUUCUUCUCAAAUCAGGCUUGCCAACUAGACCAACCAUGAAUUUGAAGGGGACAAUCAUGGAACCGAGCACAUCUUAAGAUGUUUGUCAAGCCUGCCAACAUGUGUAAGCAAAAAAAGGAUUCCCAACUAGUUUUCCUUGUAACAGAGACUACGGAGGCAUUUACAAAAAUUAAAACCA